AUGGAUGUGAACAUGACUACUGUUCAAAAUUAUCCUUUAGUUCAAAAUCAAAGAAAAAAGAAAAAAUGUCAUGGUAAUCGAAAAGAUCAACGUUUUCGAAGAAAGUGUCGUGCAAAAGGUAUGAAAUCAAGAAAAAUCGAAAAACUACUCCUUCGACGUAAGCUAAUUCAUGAUAAAAAAAAGAAUCCAAUUGAUAAUCCAAUGAAAAAUCCAAUAAACUCCAACAAUAAACCAGAUCAUGAAAAUGUUUCAUCGACUGAAAUAAAUUCAACGAGGAAUCUUACGAAACGUAAAAGAGAUAUAUCAGUGCAAGAUAUUAAAUCAAAUACAAGAAUACCAAAAUCAACAAGUUCAAUAUCAGUUCUACAACCAAAAUUAAAGAAGAUGAAACGAAGAAUUAAAUUAAAUAUUCCAACGACGACGACUAUCAUGAACAAUACUGCUUAUAAAUAUUACCGGUCAGUAUCUUUAUAUUGA